GCAGCGGGUGCUUCAACCUCGAUGUGCGGCUGUAUAUCCGGCGGCAUUGAGAUUGGGGGCAUCCACUACGGCGACAUCUCAGCCUCCGAGGAGAUCUGCACAUGCGCAUCGCUUCUCGCUUCGCUCGUCGCGGACAUCAAGCUCAGUCCUAUCACCUGGGCCCUGGAUGUGCUCGGCCAUGGGGCUGUUAUCGCCAGUUUGACGGACAAGCUAAACAACUGCGACACGAAGCGUACCUGUUCUCUCCCAGCCUUUGCCGAGUCUCGCUGCAAGAGGGACGAUAUCUGCGGCUUCGAGUGCUCCGGCGGAUAC